AAGCCUUGAAGUGUGUAAAAAAUAUACGUUGACUCGAAAACCAAGCGAAAAUCAAAUAAAAGGCUAAAAGUGUUAAAUCCUAUUAAAUUAAACACUAGUAAAGUUAUAAAUAUGGCUGGUGAAGUGGUUGUGGACGCCUUACCUUAUAUAGAUCAAGGGUACGAUGAUCCAGGCGUCAGAGAAGCGGCACUGGCAAUGGUUGAAGAGGAAUGCAGGCGAUAUCGUCCGACGAAGAAUUACCUAGAAAAUGCAGGUCCUGACCCUAGCAGUGCCUUCGAGACCCAAGCUAUUCAGAGAGAAAUGGAACGUGUACAACAGAGACUUCCUAUGGAGCCACUGUCUAUGAAAAGAUAUGAGCUCCCACCUCCCCCUGCAGGUAGGCUAGGUGAGCCUGCAGCGUGGGGGGAGUCUGUGGACAACUCCCAUGCGCAGCUCUCUCACCAGGCCACACGCGUGCUGAACCUCGAGCUACAGCUGCAGUAUGGCUCUGAAGCCUGGCGCUCCUACCUCAACACACUACAGGCACUUGUCACUCGCUCCCAGAAUGUACACAGUAAUCUUAGGAAACAGAUAGCAUCAGUGAACUGGGAGCGCAAGCGCUCACAGACGGCGUCGGGGGCGCGGCUACGCGCGCUGCGCCGGCGUUGGGCUCAACUCGUGUCCGACAACUACCGCCUCGAACGCGCCAUCAUGCAGCUCGAGAUACAGCUGCAGAAGGCACAAGGCCAGGUCUCGGCUGAAGAAGGCCCCGACAUGGAAGCCAUCAAGCAGCUGCCAGACAAGCUCAACUCUGAGAAUGAGAAGGAGGUGCAGAAGAAGAUAGAAGACAUGUUCGCCGACUAGACAAUGGGAUGGGCGGCAUCCCCAAGCUGAUGUGACCUACUGAUUUUUCUACUAUGGUGUGUCUGUAUAUGGAAAUAACAACAGGAAAUCUUAACAGAGCAGACUGAUAGAUAAUUAAAUUUACAUUUUGAAAGGAAUUGAUGGAAGUGACGUUAAGGGGUGUUUAACAGUAAAUCUAAUUCUUAUCCUAUCUUGAGUCUUAGAAUGACGGAUAGUAGGAAGUUACUAUGAGAUAUCGGAUGACAGAUAUAGUGCGUAAGCUACCAAUACAAAUAGAUUACGACGCUCUAACUGAUUAUAAUUAUAAUCUUUAUAAUUUUUGUAAAAUAUAUUAAAUUAAGUUUAAAUUGUAUUUUAGACUAUUUGUAAAUAAAUAGAUUAAUGAACUUAA